AUGGAACCGUCCCGGAUAUGCCACAUUGUGACUCCAGUCGGCUGCAUGGGCUACGGUUUCGACGAGAACAUCGUGGCCCGAGAGCUGGCUCAGCUCGCUCCCAGCAGGACUCCAACCGCCAUUAUCCUCGAUGCCGGCUCGACCGACAGCGGCCCAGAGAAGCUGGCUCUCGGGACCAUGACCUGCCCUCGCUCGGCGUACGUCAAGGACCUUACCAAGCUGUUGAGGCUGGUACACGCCUUUCAAGUGCCGUUGAUCUUUAGCUCGGCCGGAGGCGACGGCGCCGACGAGCACGUGAGGUUGAUGGAGGAGAUUAUCCAAGAAAUCUCAUCAGAAGAGACAAAUCAACACUAUUCUUUCAAAACCGUGUCCAUCUUUUCUAGCAUCGACAAGUCCGUCAUCCUCGAGCGUCUCGGCGCAGGUCGCAUCACCGGCUGCGGCGUGUGCGUCCCGGCGUUGACGGAGAAGGAUGUGACGGACAGCCCCCGAGUGGUUGCGCAAAUCGGACCGGAGCCUUUCAUCGACGCUAUGGAAGCCACGCCCGAUUUUGAUGUCAUCAUCGGCGGCCGAGCAUACGAUCCAACCCCGUAUGUCGCCUUCUCGGUGUACCAGCUGAGACAACAACACCCGGACCUCGGCCCAGAGCAGCUCGAGUCAAUCCAGGGAGGGCUUCUGCACAUGGGGAAGAUCAUGGAAUGCGGCGGUCAAUGUUCGACGCCGAAAUCGCACGGGGCGGUGGCCACCGUCUACGCAGAUGGGACGUUCGACGUUCGGCCGAUGGCCCCCGGCUCGCGCUGCACACCCGUGUCGGUUGCCGCCCAUUCGCUGUACGAGAACACGAGGCCCGACAUCCUGCGCGGACCGGGGGGUGCUCUCCACCUCGAUCAGGCCCGCUACGAGCAGCUCGGAGACGGACGAACUGUCCGCGUAAGGGGGGGAAGAUUUGUGUCCUCGGCCUCACGCGGCCAACCAUAUCAGCUCAAGCUCGAAGCCGCGCGGGUCUUGGGAUACCGGUCCAUCGUCAUGGGCAGCAUUAGAGAUCAUAUACUUGUCCAACAGCUUGACAGUUUUCUCGUCUCUGUCAAAGGAUACGUCAAGCAACAGCAUUCCAGCAUUCUUGGAGAUUGGGAUCUUGACUUUCACGUCUACGGCAAGGGGCAGAGCACACUCGCGGGUCCGGGGGAAGUAUUCCUGGUGGCGGAAGCCGUCGCGCCGACUCAGCAACUCGCGACGGGCCUCGUGUCAACCGCGAGAGUUGCCAUGAUUCAUGGUCCCUAUCCGGGUCAAAAGGCCACUUCUGGCAACCUUGCGUUUGGGCUUGCCGGGAAACUGGAGAUCGAGACGGGACCUUGUGCUCAGUUCUCCGUGUACCAUCUUAUGGAUCUGGAGGCCGGUGAAGAAAGACUCUCUCACCAAUCCCGCCUCAUCUGCUCCAAGGUGUCUGUCUUUGAAAAGGCAGAGCGGGCUGAGAAUCAGCAAGACUUGAAGAAUCACUAUAAAGUAUUCGAGCCAGUUCCUUCAACCCCGAGCGGCAAAGAAACUUCCACGUCAGCAAUCGCAAGCCAGGAGAGCGCCUCAUCUCACCCGCCAGAGACCCUCUCCGACAUCUCCCGGGUCCUCCGGUCCAAGAACGCGGGCCCAUACGAGAUCACCAUGGAUGUCAUGUUUGAAUCCCAGGCCGUCUUCGACGCUGUCGAAGCCUCUGGUCUCUUGUCUCCGGCCAACGUAGCCGAGGCCCUGCGUGUUAGACCGGAAGACAUUGUCUGGUCGGGGUUCUUUGCCCCGGCGCUUGCAUUCAAGGUUACGAUUCCCCGUUUCAGGGCCGGUAAGAUGGCUUCAGCAGGCAGCUUCAUGGAGAAUGACAUUCACGGCUCGCAGCAGCAUCUGGGGCUCUCCGUCAUGAAGCUGCCACCAGGACUUAUGUCUUAG